UAAAACUAGUAAAUAUUACUUGAGAAAGAGUUGUGAUAUGGAGAAAGUUUUAAAGAAGCAUUUUAUUCUAGUUCAUGGAUUUUGCCUUGGUGCUUGGUGUUGGUACAAACUUAUCACACUUCUUGAAAAAUCAGGUCACAAAGUUACUGCUUUAGACCUUAGUGCUUGUGGGAUCAAUAUGAAACAACUCAAGGAAAUUGGUUCAAUAUCUGAUUAUGUUCAACCAUUGAUGGAUUUUAUGGUCUCUUUGCCAAAUGAUGAAAAGGUUAUUUUGGUAGGUCAUAGCUAUGGUGGCCUUUGCAUUUCUCUUGCCAUGGAAGCCUUUCCUCAGAAAAUUUCAGCAGCAAUUUUCAUCUCUGCUUAUAUGCCCAAUCAUAUAGAUCCUCCUGCAUUUCUUAUUCAAGAGUACUUCAGGAGAACUUCAAUGGAGUCGCUCAUGGAUUGUCAAUUUACAUUCGAUAAAGGAAUGGAAAAUAAACCAACAUCAUCUAUUUUUGGCUCACAUUUCAUGCAAGCUAAUCUUUACACGCAUUGCCAAGCUGAGGACUUGGAAUUGGCAAAGAUAUUGAUAAGACCAGGCAAGUUUUUCACAGAAGACAUGUCAAAGGAAGGGCUGUUGACACAAGAAAAGUAUGGGUCGGUAAGAAGAGUUUAUGUGGUGUGCCAAGAUGAUCUAGUCAUGGAAGAAGAAUUCCAAAUAUAUAAUAUACAGAAGAGCCCUCCUGAUCAAGUCAAAUUGAUUGCCAAAUCUGGCCAUAUGGUCAUGAUAUCCCAAGCUCAGAAGCUUUCCCUCUGUCUGCAGGAAAUUGCUAGCAAUAAUGAUCAUUGAAUAGAUUAAUAAAUGGCUUAAUACAUUCACAUGUACAACCUCUUAAACUUGAAAGUAAAUUUCAUUUGAACACUCGAAUACAAAUUGUUCUAAUUGAGCACAUGAAAACAUGAUAGGCAUUCCUAGUAGAUACUAACAUAUUUUAA